AUGUUUUCAUUCAUCCGUCGCACGGCCACCGAAGUCGCCGAGUCGAGUGCAAAGGCACUACGCAUGGAAGGUCUUCAGGGUUGGCGUAAGGAAUUGCCCAUGGUACAACUAAACACGAAGGCCGAUCUCGAUCAGUGGGCGAUUGGCAGUGACAAGGAUAUUGGCGGCUUCUCUACUGCAUCACUCGACAUUACGCCAGAGGGUACAGGCCGUUUCCAUGGCAACAUUUCACUCGAGCUACCAGCCGAUCGUAAUAUUGAACAAAGCGGAUAUGCUGCUAUUCGAUCCAAAGCACGAGAAACCUCUAUGUUUGGUACACCAUGUUGGGACACCAGUCUAUUCCGAUACCUGGCUCUUCGAGUGCGAGGCGAUCAACGCAAAUAUUUUGUCAACAUUCAAACCGACAGCGUCAUCCAGACCGAUUUAUAUCAACAUCGAUUGUUUCUCAGGACACCAGGGCAAUGGGAGACGGUCUUGAUCCCUUUUCGCGACUUUGUUUUAACGAAUAACGGCAUGAUUCAAGAAGAUGAAGUGGAGAUGUUCCGUGAAAAGGUCAAGACAGUGGGUCUUUCUCUAACGGAUCGCAAAGAAGGGCCAUUCAGCAUCGAGAUCGAUUGGAUCAAAGCCAUGAACACGGAGUUUACAGAGGGCGAUAUGGAUCGUAUACCACCAACAAAGCAAGAAGAUUCACAUACAAUGCAAUAA